GCAACACACUACUGCGAUGCGAUGCAUUGCGAUGCAUUUUUGAUGGUUAAAGUUUGCAACGCGUUGCAGGCGUUGUAGAUCGAUCACAAAAAUUAGAACGUUGCAUGCGAUGCUUUCUUGUGAUUGGUCGAUUUUAUCAGUUUGUUGUUUUUUUAUCAUGGUACCGGUUGAUUAGUGAUGAAAUUUUUUACUCUCUUGUGGUUUGAUAAUUAUUGAAUUCUUGUCGAUUUUUCAUCAUUUUAAUGAUUUGAAUAUUAAAUUUUCAACUUUUUACAAUGGCUUCGGAAGAAAUACAGACGGUGGAGGUUAUGCCAGUAGAGACUGAAGAAUUGUUGAUCGAGGAAGUCCGGUCAAGACCCAUGAUGUACAAUUUCCGAGAUCCCCAUUAUAAAAACAUUAAGAAGAAGAGUGAUGUAUGGGCUGAGAUAGCUAGGGCGACUGGAUUGGAAAAUGGAGAUACUGCCAAAGAUAAGUGGAGGAACCUUAAACAAGGAUAUAAAAAUGCCUUAAAAAGAGUAGCAAAAUAUGAGGCUAGCGGCUCAAGAGCCAAGAAAUUCAAACCAUGGAGGUUUAUCGAGCAGAUGGCCUUCUUGAAAGACCACAUCAUGGAUGAAGCGUCUACCUCCUCCAAUAUUCCAGCAAAUCCUACUAAUAAUAGUAACAACGUCAAUGAAACGGAAACAGUGGAGGAAGCAUUAUCUGACGAUGAAAAUGAAAUGGAAAGCACUCAAGGAACUAAUGAUAGUGAUCUUUCAAGAAAUGAUGAAAAAUUACGUGGUAAAAAAGUCCUGCAGGCUCUGGACAAAGAAGUUAUUACAUUUUUAAGAUCCAGGACUCCGAAGGAAACAAAAGGGACAGAUAAAAUUGACUCGUUGAAAAGUUGCUUUCAGGCAUAUUAUGCUUCUGUAAAAAGUAUGUCUCGGACCAAUCAAAUAAAAAUAAAGCGGAUUUUCAGCAAAGCCAUUUUAGAUAUUGAAGAGGAGGAGAGUUUAUUAGAAAAUGAUUUAUAAAAACGAAAAAGUAUUGGUUGUUGUUAUAUUUUGUAUUUCAUUUCAAGCUUUCUGCUUUUAUUUCCUCAUAAUAUUCGCUUAUCAUAUAUUUUUAUCCUUCUUAUAUUUCUACUCGCAUCACCUUAUCUCAAUUUUUGUUUAGUUAUUCAUUUUUAUAACAUUUUAAUUGUUAUGUUGACUUUUAUCAUGUUAUUCAUUACUUUGUUCAUCUUUAUUUCGUUUUUUCGUUGACUUCUAUCAUGUUAUUCAUUUUUAGUUUAUCUUUAUUUUAACUUUUACUGUCCUGUAUCCUGUAAUUUUAAUUUUCAGUCUUGUUACUCAUUGUGUCUGUCAUAUAUAUAAGUACCUAUUUCAAUUUUUACCUCAACUUUUAUUGUAAUUUUUUGGUAUCUAUAGCUCAACUUACCUAAUUCCAAUUUUUACCUCGACUUUUAUGUCUUUUAUUGUAAUUUUUUGGUAUCUAUAGCUCAACUUACCUAAUUCCAAUUUUUACCUCGACUUUUAUGUCUUUUAUUGUAAUUUUUUGGUAU